CUGUCGGCGGCUGUGCCGGACUCAACCUAGCGUGUGGCCUGUACUUUUUACAUCUCUGUACAGGCAAACUCCACUCUAGCCUGCGGCGCGGUGCGACCCUCGGGCAUCGAAAGUUCAGCUGCGGGCCGAGACCCUCUGUUUGACUAGGCGCAGUCGCGGUAGGCGGUGGGGACGGCCGCCCCGGUCGGAGGCUGAGGCGCUGCUCCCCGCUUCAGCAUGGCGGCUGCAGUGCGCGCUGCGGGCCGCCUCCUUGCGCUGUGUGGCUGGCCGGCGGGUUACUUAUUGUCCAGGCAACUUUCUGUAAAUGCCUUUCGAGCCACUUCCAUUUUGGCAUUGAGAACUACUGUCAACAAUGGUUCAUCAUUGGGAACCAGAGACAACCAUCAGUACACCAGCCUGAGCCAUGCGCUGCAGACGCAAUGCUAUGUUUCUUCUCCCACUAACUGGAUGGGCCAGCAGUAUAGACCAUAUAGUUUCUUCACUAAAUUAACAGCAGAUGAGCUAUGGAAAGGUGCUCUAGCAGAGACUGGUGCUGGAGCAAGAAAAGGAAGAGGCAAAAGAACUAAGAAAAAGAGAAGAAAGGAUUUGAACAGGGGUCAGAUCAUUGGCGAAGGGCACUACGGUUUCCUGUGGCCUGGUCUGAAUGCCCCUCUUAUGAAAAAUGGAGCAGUGCAGACCAUUGCCCAAAGAAGCAAGGAAGAGCAGGAGAAAAUAGAGGCUGAGAUGAUUCAGCAGAGAGAAGAGUGGGACCGCAAGAGGAAGAUGAAGGUUAAACGAGUGCGAGGAUGGAGCGGAAAUUCGUGGGGCGGUGUCAGUCUUGGUCCCCCUGACCCUGGUCCCAAUGGAGAAACAUACGAGGAUUUUGAUACCAGGGUACUUGAGGUAAGAAAUGUUUUCAAUAUGACAGCAAGAGAGGGGAGAAAGAAGUCAGUUCGUGUCCUGGUUGCUGUGGGAAAUGGACAAGGAGCAGCAGGUUUUGCCAUUGGGAAAGCCACCGAACGGGCAGAUGCUUUCAGAAAAGCAAAGAACAAAGCAAUUCACUAUUUGCAUUACAUAGAACGAUAUGAAGACCAUACAAUAUUCCAUGAUAUUUCUUUAAGAUAUAAAAGGACACAUAUCAAGAUGAAGAAACAACCUAGAGGUUAUGGCCUCCACUGCCACAGGGCCAUCACCACCAUCUGCCGGCUCAUUGGCAUCAAAGACAUGUAUGCCAAGGUCUCUGGGUCCGUCAACAUGCUCAACCUCAUGCGAUGCCUCUUCCGUGGGCUCUCCCAACAGGAAACACAUCAACAGCUGGCUGAUAAGAAGGGUCUUCAUGUUGUGGAAUUCCGGGAGGAAUGUGGCCCUCUGCCCAUUGUGGUUGCCUCCCCCCAGGGACCCUUGAGAAAGGAUCCAGAGCCAGAAGAAGAGGUUCCAGACAUCAAACUGGACUGGGAAGAAGUGAAGGCUGCACAGGGCAUGAAGCGCUCUGUAUGGUCAGGAUUAAAGAGAGCUGCCACGUAACCUUUCUGGCCUUGCACAGCUAUCCAUGCCUGGUGCUUGCUGUUCAGCACCUAGGAGAGAGACUCAACCUCUCACACCUUGGAAUGUUGCCCUUUUUUGGAGCAGGGCAUGGGGAGAGUUUAACCUUAUCUCCUUUGUUUACAAACAAAUGAUUAAUAGCUCUCAUUUAUUGAGUACAUGGUAUAUGCCAGUCAAUGUGAUAAGAACUUUACAUACUGAAUUUCAGUUCAAGCCUAUUUUAAAUAGUCAUUUAAACUAACGUAAGUGAAUUAGGGAAACAGAGCUGAUAGUCUGGCCCAAUCAAAAAUAAUAUGCAUCAUAAUAAUUGUUAUAACGAUUAUGGCUAAUAUAUGUUUACUUAUUCGUCCAAAAUUGAUUACAUUGAGGAACUGCCAAACUGUUUUUCUAUAGUGGCUGCAUUAUUUUAUAUUCCAAUUAGUAGUGUACAAGGGUUUUUCCACAUGCCGUCAUCCUAGUGGGUAUGUAGUGGUACUUCAUUGUGGUUUUGACUAGCAUUUCCCUAGUGGUUAAUCAUAAACAUUAUUUCAUGUGCUUUUUGACCAUUUGUGUCUGAGGUUUUCCUUUUUUUGAGAAAUGUUUUAGACCCUUUGUACAUUUUAGAAAUUGGGAUAUUUGUGUUAUUGAGAUAUGGCAGUUCUGUAUAUGUUCUAGAUAUAAGCCUCUAUCAGAUACAUGAUUUGCAAAAGUUUUUUCCCAUUUUAUGGAACAUAUUAUUAUUUUCUUAUUUCUUGGAAUAUUUUUUGAGCUCCAUCCACAUUCUCCUUUCAUGACACCAAUGGCCCAAAUAUUAAAUCUUUUAUUGUAUUUCUACAAGUCCCUGAGGCUCUCUUAAUUUUUCUCUAGUUUGUUUUCUCUUUGCUCUUCAGAUUGGGUACUUUCUAUUAUUUUAUCUUUAGGUUCACUGAUUAUUUCCUCUUUCCUCUCCAUUCUGCUUUUGAGCCAUCCAAUGCAAUAUUUUUAUUUUUGUUAUUGUUUAGUUCAGAUCUAAAAUUUCCACUUGAUUCUUCUUUAGAUCUGUUUCUUUACUGAGGUUUUUUUUUUUUAUUUGUUUUUUAUUUGGUUUUUUCAUUUUUUUAUAUGUUUCAAGAUUACAUAUAUAAUUGCUUAAUGAAGCAUGUUUAUGAUGGCUGCUUUAAAAUCCUUGUCAUGAAGUUUCAACAUUUGUGUCAUCUCAGUGUUGACUGCUUUUUCUCAUUGAAGUUUAAAAUUUC